UGCGGCAGCGCGUUGGCGCCGCGCCGCAUGACGCGCCGCCGAGCGAUGCGGCGGUGCAGGCGAUGGCCGUUGCGGCGGCGGCGGCGACGCUGCGCGUGCACGUGUCGGUCAGCCGCGUCGCUGUUGCGGCGUGCAUGCAUUUGGCUAAUCUGUGCAUUGAGGUGCAGAACAGGCAACUUGCGGCCGGCGCGGACGCAGUCGAGGCAAUAGUGGCGGCGAUGCAGGCUCACCCGCAGGUGGCGGGGGUGCAACAGCAAGGCUGCGCGGCGCUGGCCAACGUGUGCUGCGGCACCGACGCCGCAGGGCUCGCACGCAAGCAGCGCGCAACAGAGGCGGGCGCGAUCGAGGCGGUUGCGGCGGCGCUGCAGGCUCACCCGCAGGUGGCGGAGGUGCAACAGCAAGGCUGUGUGGCGCUGGUCAACGUGUGCUCCGGCAUGGAUGGCGCAGGGCUCGCACGCAAGCAGCGCGCAGCAGGCGCGGGCGCGAUUGAGGCGGUGGUGGCGGCGAUGCAGGCUCACCCGCAGGUGGCGGGCUUGCAGGAGCAUGGCUGUGGGGCGCUGACCAACGUGUGCUGCGGCACCCACGCCGCAGGGUUCGCACGCAACCAGCGCGCAGCCGACGCGGGCGCGAUCGAGGCAGCGGUGGCGGCGAUGCGGGCUCACCCGCAGGUGGCGAGGGUGCAACAGCAAGGCUGUGCGGCGCUGGUCAACGUGUGCUCCGGCAUGGACGGCGCAGGGCUCGCACGCAAGCAGCGCGCAGCAGAGGCGGGCGCGAUCGAGGCGGUGGUGGCGGCGAUGCAGGCUCACCCGCAGGUGGCGGGGGUGCAACAGCAAGGCUGUGUGGCGCUGGUCAACGUGUGCUCCGGCAUGGAUGGCGCAGGGCUCGCACGCAAGCAGCGCGCAGCAGCCGCGGGCGCGAUCGAGGCGGUGGUGGCGGCGAUGCAGGCUCACCCGCAAAUGGCGGGCGUGCAGGAGGACGGCUGCGGGGCACUUGCCAACGUGUGCUCCGGCGACGACGCCGCAGGGCGCGCACGCAGGCAGCGCGCAGCAGACGCGGGCGCGAUCGAGGCGGUGGUGGCGGCGAUGCGCGCUCACCCGCAGGUGGAGGAUGUGCAGAAAAUGGGCUGUUGGGCGCUGCGCAACGUGUGCUACGGCAACGACGCCGCGGCGCGGGCGCGGAGGCAGCGUGCUGUGACUGCACACGCGCCCGAGGCGGCGACAGCGGCGUUGCAGGCGCACCCAGAGAACGCAGCUGUCCAGGGGCAAGGACAGCAGCUGCGCGAUUUGCUUGUCUGAUGCAUCUCGAAGGGCCCUGAAGGCGGUCGUUUGGCCGGCGGGCGCGGCGUCGCCGCGUACGUUUGACGGCCCUGGAAUCGGCCUGGCGAUCGGAGGGGCUGCUGCCGGGUAAGGCGGUGAGCAUGGU